AGUCUGCUUGCGCAGCCAACCCUCAGUCUGUCAUGGUACCAAUGGCCGCACACACAACUCGUAUUUUAUUUAAAAACUUUCAUUUUAACAAACUACAAUAAUAAUAUAAAAAAACUUGAUCAAUACAGAAGUGUAAAGUUUUAUAUAAAUAUUAGUUUGUAACAAUAAUAAUAAUAAUAAUAAUAAUAAUAAUAAUUAUGAUUGACUGUGAACGCCCUUGGGUUGACAAUCUCGGUCGAGUGGCUUGUGACCUGAUUAAACGAGCGCAUGCUUCCCUUUGAUUAAUUGUAAAUAAAAAUAUUGUCAUCCUAUAAACUUGAUCUACAUCUUAAACAAUCCAUUGUGUUUUGUUUAUAAUAAUCAUCAUUUGUUAAAUUUUAUAGAAUAUUAAUAUAUUGGAUUGCACAGAAACAUAAUAAUAUUAUUUAUGCAGAAAUACGUAACAAAGAAAACGAUACACCUGCUCAGACACCUGGCACGCGUACGGAAUCGAUAUUUUAUUUAAGUUAAAUAUUUAAUAUACAUGCGUUAAAUAAUAAUUAAAAUCUCUUUGAGUGCUGUUACACUUUUAUUUUAUGUAUCAUCUGUAUCUUUUAUAAAUGUGUCAAAUGAUGACAGAAAUUAAACUGAAAUUCAAUUAAAUUCUCAUGAUAUUUGAUAAUUAAAUUUUAUUUACUAUUAAAUUAAUUUAUUAAAUCAUCGUCUACAUGAGCUGUUGUCCUUUUAUCGGUUAUGACCCCGGCACAAAGUCUGAUGGACUAUUACACCGGGUGACCCGGAGACUUGAUCCAUCUUAACGUGUGUCUGAUAAUAAUAAAGAACUAGGUUGGGGGAGAGAAUGGUCAGCAUGAGUUCGAUGCUCGUGGAAACUGUGAGCAUCAACUACGAGGACUUUAACGAAAGUUUUUUGACCUGUGGAACUUGCCUGUGUGUUUACGACGGUAGCGAGCAUACGCCAAAACUUUUGCCAUGUUCUCACACGGUAUGUUUGCACUGCCUGACAAGGAUCGCGGCUUCACAGACACGAGAAGCCGGUCAUUUUCGGUGUCCUAUUUGCCGGGAACUUAUAACUAUUCCUCGUGGCGGCGUACCAGCACUGCCACCCAGCUUCCUCGUGAAUCAGCUUUUGGAUUUGAUGUCACGCCAGCGACGUGAGGUUAUUCCUAAAUGUUCAGUUCAUAUAAAUCAGGAAUUGUUGUUUUGCGAAACUUGUGAUACGGUAUUUUGUACUGUCUGCACUGGUGGUAAUCAUGCUGACACAUCACCAGGUUGUACUGAGCAUACUAUUAUACCAUUUAGCAUCGCUAUUAAAAGAAUGUCGGAAAUAUUACUUUAUAAAGCCAACGAGUGUAUUUCAAAGCUUACCCAUGCUCAAGAAUCAGUCAGCACUGAAUUACGGCGUUUGGAAACUGCUAUGGAGAGAUGUAUAAAUAUUGUAGAUGCUGAAUUUACAGAAAUAAUAACUAAAGUUGAACGAAGACGGGAUGAGCUUCAAGAAGCUGUUGCGGCUGCGGCUAGAGACAAAAAACGUGUACUUGAAGAACAACUCGCGCUUAUUGAAGCGGAGAAAAGUAAAGUUCAACAAGAGUGUGAAGGUUUGCAGUAUCAAGUGGAAGUAAGAAAUAUAACACAGAGAAUAGGAAGCCUUACUGAUCAAUUGGAUGCAGCAGUGGCACUCAGUGAGCCGCGGGAAAAUGCAUUUAUUACUGCGGAAUUUAAUCACAAUAGCGCAAUUGAGGAAUUGGAAAAAGCUUUGGACACACUUGGGCGAGUGCGUUCUAGCACAACAUUACCUGGACUGUGCAGAGCUAGUUUGAAAGAUGAAGCCAUAGCUAAAUUGGAGACAACUGUGAUAGUAGAGACUGUUGAUUACCACGGACACCCGCGUAAUGUCGGUGGUGAUCCUAUAAGUGUUGAGCUGACGCUAGCAGACACGUCUGAUAAUCAAAUCAUUGAAACACAAGUUCAAGACCUGGAUAAUGGAACCUACGAGGUAAGAUUCAGACCACCUUGUGAAUCGCGCUAUGCCUUGAAGCUAUCGGUUUUUGAGAGACCUAUCAAAGACUACCCAAUGUUUUUUGAUGCCACUGGUCACAAUGAACCAGUUAAAGUUUAUGGACGCAAAGGACAUGGAAAAGAUGAAUUUCUUCAACCUGUAGCUGUUGCUGUUGACGAUGAUGGAUUUAUUUAUAUCGUUGACUCAGGAAAUUCACGUAUUAAGGUACUGGACAGUAAUUUAGAGUUUCAAAGACACGUUACUAACGAAGGCUUGGAGGGACGGAGUUGUACUGGAAUAGCUAUUUCAGAGCAAGGAUUAGUUGUCGUAAAUUGGAGAACGCGUACAAUUACAGAAAUGAGCACACUGGGCGACACUAUUCGCUCGUUCACACACAAUGCGUUUCAGGAGCCGAUUGAUGUGGCGGUAGAUCGGAGUUAUGGGCAUAUACUUGUCGCUGACAAUGGACAGAGCUGCGUAUUUGUCUUUGACUCUGAUGGAAAGGUACUUUUUCAAGUUGGAAAGAAAAGUAUGCUCAAGUUAAUUAGCUCAGUGACUGUUGGGCCUGCCGGAGAAAUUUUAGUUGCCGAUUCUAGGAUACAAGUGUUUUCAGCUAAAGGAGAUUUUUCUGAAGAAAUAAAUGCCGAAGGAAAAGGUAAAGGUAAAUACGGAGGAAUAGCUGUUGAUCAAGAUGGAAAAAUAGUGGCAUCACGUAGUGACAAAGGCCGAAGUAUAAUUCAAGUUAUGAAACUCGGAGGUGGUGCAAUUCUCACGGAAAUAGAUUCACACAGCUCAAAAUUACGACGUCCAACAGGCAUCGCAGUCUUACCAAACAAUCAUCUAGUGGUUGUCGACUUAGGUAAUGAUUGUAUAAAAAAAUAUCGAUAUUGGUAAAUUUCAAAUCAAGUUAAUUUAUUUAAUUGUAAUUUAUCGGUUGUGUAACGAAAUCGCUUAGGCUACACCGUCCCAGUCAGUGCCACUGCUGCACUGUUUUAUUUUAUACUAAACUAAUUUAAUUAAUAAUUAUAACGUUCAAAUUAAUUAUUUACUGCCUUGUCUCAGUUAUAAAGCACAAUCAAAAGCUUAAAAAAACUCUUACCUACUUAUUUAAAUAAUAUUAAAAAUACAGAGAUUGUACAUAAUAAUUAUUUCAGUAUUAAACAAAAAUAAUUAGAUUAAAUAUACGACGUGAGGGGUAAUCUCAAAGCUAUUUAUUAUAAAUAAUAAAUCACCGCCAAUAUUUUAAAUAAACAAAUAAUAAUAAUAAUAAAUUGUAAAUUGUGUAUUAUAACUAGUCGUUAAUUAACAGUCAUUUUAAAGUUACGGCAGUUUACUUAAUAUUUUGUCUGUCCAUUGAAUAAUAUUUAUAUUUUUACAUUCCUCUUUGAAGUUUUAAUUUAUGUGGAGAAAAAAAAAUCAAUUACUCAACUGUUUUAUUAACGAUUAUAUUUAUUGUAUCCCUCAACGUUAAUAAUAAAACGGGUUAAUCAAAAUUAUUUUUAAAUGACUGAU